CUCCCCAGGAUGGUCUUCCGGGCCAUUUGCUUAACGCGAUUCCCGCCAGUGGAGUGGGCCCUGAGUCACUGUGUUUACCUGCCGCCGCCAGGCUGUGGGGUAAUCCCGUGCCUCCUGGGCGGGGAGGGAGCGCCUGGUGUCCCUGGCCAGCACAGCCGCUCCUCCCUUCUCUUGCAGAGGGGACGUGGGCGCUGCCCUCUGCCACGGCUGCUGCGAUGGAACCUCUGUUGCCAGGGGCCUGGAACGUGACCCAGGCAGCCCCCACUGACAGUGGCAGGGACAACGGCAGCCUGGCUGGGAUGUCGGCGCCCCCCGUGGCCCCCGGCGUGGUCCUGCUCUACCUGCUGGUUUGCGCCCUGGGGUUGGGCGGCAACACGCUGGUCAUCUACGUGGUGCUGCGCCACGCCAAGAUGAAGACAGUCACCAACAUCUACAUCCUCAACCUGGCCGUGGCCGACGUGCUUUUCAUGCUGGGCCUGCCCUUCCUGGCUACACAGUACAUGGUGUCCUCCUGGCCCUUUGGACCCGUCUUGUGCCGCCUGGUCACCACGCUGGAUGGCAUCAACCAAUUCACUAGCAUCUUCUGCCUGACGGUCAUGAGUGUGGAUCGGUACCUGGCGGUGGUGCACCCAGUCCGCUCUGCCCGGUGGCGGCGCCCGCGGGUGGCCAAGCUGGCCAGCGCCACUGUCUGGGUCUUCUCGCUGCUCAUGUCGCUGCCCCUGGUCAUCUUCGCCGACGUGCAGGAGGGACUGGGCAUCUGCAACGUGUGCUGGCCGGAGCCCGUGGGACUGUGGAGUGCCCUGUUUAUCGUCUACACCUCGGUGCUCGGCUUCUUCGGGCCGCUGCUGGUCAUCUGCCUGUGCUACCUGCUCAUCGUGGUCAAGGUGAAGGCCUCGGGCGUGCGCGUGGGUGCCCCACGCCGGCGCUCUGAGCGCAAGGUGACACGCAUGGUGCUGGUGGUGGUGCUGGUGUUCGCCGGCUGCUGGCUGCCCUUCUUUGUGGUCAACAUCGUCAACCUGGCUGUGGUGCUGCCUGAGGAGCCCGUCUCCACCGGCGCCUACUUCUUCGUGGUCAUCCUGUCCUAUGCCAACAGCUGUGCCAACCCCGUGCUCUAUGGCUUCCUCUCCGACAACUUCCGCCAGAGCUUCCGGAAGGUUCUGUGCCGGCUCCAGGGCUACGGUAGCGAGGAUGCAGACCCCACAGAGCCACGUGCCGACAAGAGCAGCCGGCUGCAGGGACCCUCGCAGCCUGCGCGUCCCUCUGAGGCCAGCGGGCUCAUGGUGACCAGCCAGGUGUGA